AUGAAUGAUGAUCUAUGUUCAAACUUUAAUAUUUUGAGGAUGUAUUUACCCGAUGGCUCAGGCAAAACUGCAUUAGAUUUUUAUGGAAAUCAGAGUUUCAAAAAUUACUGCCCUAGUGCAAACUGCAAUACUGAACUCGAAAAAAUUACGAUUGGAUUUUUAUGGUUACUUGAACAAUAUUAUUCUAUGUCCAAAAAUAAAAGUCAUGAUAUAAAUAGUAUUAAUGCAUUUUUCAUACAUAUGAUUUCAUGGUUUAGUUACAAAUUAAAGCAAAACUCAGAACACAGUUUCACCAAAAUAAACGAUUUUUAUACUAGUUAUGUAAAAAGUAAUGAUAAAUAUGAAAAAUUUAUAAGUGAAUCCAGUAAAUUUACAGAGCUUAAUGAAGAAUUAAAUACAAAAAGUGAUUUGUUGAAUAUUAAUAUUGAAGAUCUGUCUAAAUUUUAUGAUGCAUCCAAAUUAAUAUGUAGUAUGUAUGGUAAUGUUGCAAUGAAUAAACAUGAAAAUCUACCAGAUAAUGCUUUUAAUUUUGUUAACAAAUAUGCAGAGCUCAAUAACCAUAAUAUUGAAGAUACAUCAUAUAGUAAAAUAUUGUCUGUUUUAUCAACUGAUUAUAAUAAUUUAAAAAAUAAAUGUAGCAAUAUUCAAUCCCUUCCAGAUAUAAAAACAACACAAAUUACUAUAAAAAAUCCUGUAAAAAGUUCUACAACUAAUUCUUUACAAAAUUCUGAACAAACGUCUGCACAAAGCUCUGGGCAAAUUUUUGCACAAACAUCUGAAGUUGCACCAUCAAAUUCGUCGAUAGGAAACAAAUUACUUACAGUUUUAUCGAUAUUUGGUGUAACAUCAUUUUUUUUAGGAAUUUCAUAUAAGUAUUUGUUAUUUGGACGUCGGAAACGAGCUCAAAAACAAUAUUUAAGAGAAAAAAUAAAAAAUAUAAAGAAGAGAAUGAAUCAUUAA